UUUCAGUGGUUCUAGGAAGAGAGGUAGAUACCUACAUGAUAUAGUGAAAUAUUUUCUGUAUCCCUCUGUAAUGUCCUCUUCCUCACGUGCAGAUAGGGCUGGGUUGUGGAGAAGCCACAGUGCAUCASCUUCCUUUCUCUUUACAAGCAGGAAUGUGUCCUUCAGACCUGAGUGUCCUCUCCUGGUUGGAGCAAGAGAGGGAGCCCUGGACUGUGAAUGGCCCAGAGGAAAUAUCCAGGCCUGCAAWUGAGUGGGCAUGUGUGGAGGGUGUGAACGCAGACAUUACUCCAGAAMGUUUCAUCAAGGAAUGUUCACCAAAUCAGCACAGCUGUACAGGAGAAAUAGUCCACACGGUGACAUUGAAGACAUGUGACGGCCGUGCCAUUGAAGGAUCAUGCUUGGAUGAAACCCGCAAGAGUACAUGGGACUUAUGUUGUUGGAGCAAUGUAGGAAGACAUCACACAGGAUUUUCUAUGACUCAAGAGGAAAGUCCCCCUGGUUGCAGAGGUGAACGUGGAGGCAGGGAUGCAGGGAAGGUGCUCAUCAACAGUUGGCUUGGAUUCAGCUUUCAGUCAYAUCUGCCUGAACCACAGUCCUUUCAAGAUGAAGGGAACCUUCAUAAAUGGAUCGAUAGUGAGCAGGCUCUCGACAAUGGUUCCUUGCUUCCAUGUGAUACAUGUGGCAAGGUCUUCAAUCAGAUUUCACACCUGGCAAGUCAUCGUAGAAUCCACACCGGAGAGAAACCUUACAAAUGUGAUGAAUGUGGAAAGGUCUUCCACCAAAUUUCACACCUUGCACAACAUCGAACCAUUCACACAGGAGAGAAACCUUUCAAAUGUAAUGAGUGUGGCAAGGUCUUCAGUCGCAACUCGUACCUCGUUCACCAUCUGAUAAUCCACACUGGGGAGAAACCGUACAAAUGCAAUGAGUGCGGCAAGGUCUUCAAUCAAAAAUCAAUCCUUACAAGUCACCGAAGAAUUCAUACUGGAGAGAAACCAUACAAAUGUGAUGAAUGUGGGAAGGUCUUUAAUCAGAUUUCACACCUUGCAGAACAUCGCAGAAUUCACACUGGAGAGAAACCUUACAAAUGCAAUGAGUGUGGCAGUGUUUUCAGUCAGAAGUCAUCCCUUGCAAAUCAUCAGAGAAUCCACACAGGAGAAAAACCUUUUAAAUGCAAUGAGUGUGGCAAGGGCUUCAGCCGUAACUCAUACCUAGCAGAACAUCUGAUAAUCCAUACUGGAGAGAAGCCAUGCAAAUGCAAUGAAUGUGGCAAAGUCUUCAGUCAAAUAUCACAUCUUACAUGCCAUCGCAGAAUCCAUACGGGAGAGAAACCUUACAAAUGUAAUGACUGUGGCAAGGUCUUCAGUCUGAAUUCAUCCCUAGCACAUCACCGCAGGAUCCAUACUGGGGAGAAACCUUACAAAUGUAAUGACUGUGGCAAGAUGUUCACUCAAAAUUCACAUCUUGCAUGUCAUCGCAGAAUUCAUACUGGAGAGAAACCUUACAAAUGCAAUAACUGUGGCAAGGUCUUCAGUCAAAAUUCACAUCUUGCAUGUCAUCGCAGAAUCCACACUGGGGAGAAACCUUACAAAUGUAAUGACUGUGGCAAGGUCUUCAGUGUGAACUCAUCCCUAGCCCAUCACCGCAGGAUCCAUAGUGUAGAGAAGCCUUAGACGUGUAAUCAGUGUAGGAAAAGAAAUGCAAUGAAUGUGUUGGGGACUUCAGUCACAUUGGCACAUCACAUGCCAAGCAUUUAUGGUGGAGAGAAACCCUAUGAAUAUGAUGAAUGUGGCAAAACCUGUAGGGUGCAUCUGGCCUGGCCAAUCAUGUGAUCCACACCAAGAGGGCAUGUCAAGGUGUUCACUGACAUUUCCUAUCACGCAGAUUUUCAAGAUCUCAUCCUAGGAAAAAACCACAAAUGAAUUAAGCACAGUCUUUGUCAGAAUACAAGUCAUGUAAUACCACUUUAUUUCCUAGUGGAGAAAUUAUCUUCUAUAUGUAAUGAAUAUCUGAACCUUUAGGCCUCAUUUAAAGCUUAGA